UACAUUUCAGGAGCGUAUAAAAUUCCAUUCUGUUGUAAGAUGUUGCAGUCGAGAUGUGUGCUUCUUGUGUCAAACUCAACUUCUGUCUUCAGAACAGGUGACUGAAUCGCAGGCAGUAGAAUAUGGCUGGACAAAUAUCGGAAUCUGAUCAGAUCAAGCAGUUCAAGGAGUUCCUGGGAACAUACAACAAAAUCACAGAAAACUGCUUCCUAGAUUGUGUAAAGGAUUUCACUAGCAGAGAGGUGAAACCAGAAGAGAUGACUUGCUCAGACCACUGCCUACAGAAGUAUUUAAAAAUGACACAGAGGAUCUCCAUGAGAUUCCAGGAGUAUCAUAUUCAGCAGAACGAAGCUCUGGCAGCUAAAGCAGGACUGCUUGGCCAACCUCGUUAGACAAGAGCCCUCUGUUCAGACUUUGUAAGCAGUGCCAGUGUUCAUUGGGCAGGAACACCUUUUGGAUUUUCUACUGUCAAGUUGCAUGUCCAGCAACUCCGAAGAGAGUUCUAGAUGCUGUUUGGAAAGUGGAAACCAUGAAGGGUUACACAUGAAGCUAGCAAGUGUUGGCUGGCAAUGGAGUCUGUUUCUGAGGUCCUUUUCACUCUACAAUGGAAUAAUACUAAUACAACCUCUUUCAGGGCCUGCAGACUGGUAUGGUUAAAUUUGGGGGGGGGUGGGAAAGCUAUAUUUCUUCUGUUAGGACUGAUUCAGAGGCAAAAUAAAAGUGUGAUAUGGAAAUGCACUUUUUUAUUUAAUUCAAGUAAAAUGAAUUGAACCCA